AUGUCGAAAGCAAAAUACAUUGUUGAAGGAGGAUCCUCAAAUCGACCUCCAUUCUUUGAUGGAUCAGACUAUUAUUUUUGGAAAAACAAAAUGCAGUUGUUCUUAAAAUCUCAAGACACAGGAAUGUGGCGCAUCAUCACAGAUGGAGAUUUCACACCAAGGGUUGAUCAAGAUGACUCGAAUUCUGCUCUAAAAAAGGAAGCAGAUUGGACAGCAGAAGAUAAAGCUAAGGUACUUCUAAACUCUAAAGCUCAAUUAUUCUUAUCAUGUGCUUUAAGCAGGGAAGAAAGUGAAAGGGUAGAUGAAUGCACAACUGCAAAAGAAGUCUGGGAUACAUUGCAAACUCACCAUGAAGGAACAAGCCAUGUCAAAGAAACAAGAAUAGACAUUGGUAUAAGGAAAUUCGAACUGUUUGAAAUGCAAGAAGGAGAAACCAUUGAUGAAAUGUACUCAAGAUUCACCACAAUAGUAAAUGAAAUGCGUUCUCUUGGCAAAGCCUAUACUGUGCAAGAAAGAGUAAGAAAAAUCAUGAGGUGUCUCCCAAUCAUUUGGAGACCAAUGGUGACAGCUAUAAGCCAAGCCAAGAACCUUGAAUCACUGCCUCUGGAAGAACUAAUUGGAACUCUAAGAGCUCAUGAGAUAGUAUUGCAAGAAGACAAACCAGUCAAGAAAGGAAAGGCAAUAGCACUGAAAGUCUCUCAAGAAAAAAUCACAGUUCCAGUUGAAGAGGAAUCAGAAGAGAAUGAACAAGGAGAUGCUGAUGAAAUCGCGCUUCUCACUAGAAGAAUUCAAAGAAUGAUGAGAAGAAGAGAUCAAAUCAAAAAGGGAUUUCAAAACAGAAAUCCUAAAACAGAGAUUGACAAGAGUCAAGUCACAUGCUUUGGAUGCAACAAAUUGGGACAUUACAAGGCAGAAUGUCCAUCAAACAAAAAUCCACCAAAACGAUUUCCCUUCAAAAAGAAAUCAAUGAUGGCAACAUGGGAUGAUUCAGAGGAAUCAGAAACAGAAGAAGAGGAAGAAGAAGCCAACAUAUGCUUGAUGGCAAAAACAGAGGAAGAUGAGGUAAUGAAUUCUGAACCAUGUCAUUUAUGUCAACAAAUGGGAAAUGAAUUUGAUAACUUGCUAAAUGACUCAAAUCUCCUUAUUCAAAAAUGUAGUUCUCUGAAAGAACAGUUUUAUAAAGAGAAAGAAGAGAAGGAAAGAAAUCAAACUGAAAAUAAUUUGUUAAAAAAGAUGAUUCAAGAAUUGAAAGAAACAAGAGUUUUUGAAAGUGAAGAAUGUCAAGAACAUUCUGCGCUACAAACGGAGAACGUUCAACUCAAAAAUGAAAAUGAACUUCUCAAAACUGAUUUACUGAACUUCAUUAAAGCCACUGAAACUUUUCAUAACAUCAUGGGAUCUCAAAUAGGAAUUUUUGAUAAAGCUGGUCUUGGUUUCAAUCAAACUCAAAAAACCAAACUUUAUGAAAACUUCUUUGUUGGUUUUCAAAAUACAAAGAGAAAGCCUUGGUUCUUGGACAGUGGCUGUUCAAGGCACAUGACAGGAGAUAGAAAUUGUUUCAUAACCUUCAGCAAGAAGGAUGGUGGUUCGGUCACAUUUGGAAAUGAUGAUCAAGCUCAAAUUAAGGGAAAUGGAACAAUUGGUAAGACAAACUCUGCUCAAAUAAAUGAUGUCCAAUACGUGGAAGGAUUGAAACACAAUCUAUUAAGCAUAAGUCAGUUAUGCGACAAUGGAUGCGAAGUCACUUUCAAGCCAAAGGUAUGUGAAAUCAAGAUGGCCAGAACUGGAAAAAUUAUGUUCUCUGGUAAGCGAAAGAAAAAUUUAUAUGUGAUAUAUUUGGAUGAAUUACCUGAUGAAUCAUGCUUUAUAUCAAUCAAAUUUCUGGGAGAAGGUGCAUCCUUGGUCAGGCCCCCUGCAUUUAAUGGGGAUGCGUACAUGUAUUGGAAACAGAGGAUGUUAAUUUUUCUUGAAGCAUGUAGUCUAGAUAUACUAGAAGCAGUAAUAGAUGGUCCCUAUGUGCCAACCAUAGCUGGCACAGGUGAUUCAUCAAUCCCAAAACCCAGAUCAGAUUGUGCUGAUGAAUUUUUCAAGGUGUCUAACUGCAAAACUGCCAAGGAGAUGUGGGACACAUUGCAACAAACGCAUGAAGGAACAACAGAUAUAAAAAGGGCCCGAAUCAACACGCUAAUGCAUGAGUAUGAGCUGUUCAACAUGAAGAACGAAGAGUCCGUUAAUGAUAUGCAGACAAGAUUUACUCACAUAGUCAAUAAUCUAAAUGUUCUUGGUAAGGUGAUUGACAAUGAGCAGCAAAUCAGCAAAGUGAUGAGGUGCUUGACCAGAGAGUGGCAGCCAAAGAUCACUGCCAUAGCAGAAUCAAAAGACCUUGGUAGCAUGUCAAUUGUCACACUAUUUGGAAAACUAAGAGAGCAUGAGAUGGAACUGCAUAGACUGAGUGAGGCUAAACAGACUGAUAGAAAAAGAAAAGGGUUGUCGCUGAAAGCCCAAGCACAUCAAACAAAGUCCGAACAAGAGAUCAGCACUGACGAUUCAAAUAGUUAG